UAACAUAAGGCGUGUUGUCUAGUUGGCGCAUGCGCAGUAAAGACUCGUCCAGAAUCGGGUAGAUAGAUCCGAGAUGAAAUCACUGGAGUUUUAUCUCAUGUUGCACAAGUAUCUCGUGGAGGGACAGUUCAUGGCAAGCUGCAGCAGAAGAGUGAGAAGUGAUAUCCGCCGUGCUUGUGAUAAAUUCAUCAUUAAAGACGGCCGGAUGUAUUACGUCGGCCCUAACAAGACGUACAUGCGCUUGGUGGUCAUGAGUGAGGAUGAAAAAAAGUUUGCCCUAAAUGAGUGUCACAAUAACAGUAAGACCGGGAACCAUCAUGGCGUAAGAGGCACCAGAAACAGGGUUAUAGCUGGCUACUUCUGGCCGACACUUAUAAAGGAUGUAACAGAGUGGGUGAAGUCUUGCGAGCGCUGUCAGAGUAACAUCAGUAAGACGGGGACACCGGCGCUGCAUUCUGUGAAGAAAGCCUUUCCGGUGAAGGUUUUAGUCACCCAAGCUCCUGCUGCUGAAGUAGUCUGUCAUUCAGAAGAUCUCUGUCCAGAAGAGGAAGACCUACAGCAAAGUAGCAGGAUUCCUAUAAUUACAACGAUAGAGGGAGCAGUGUCUUCGGAGGAAAUAAAGCCUUAUUUCAGGGUGUUGGUGGGAAACAUACCAACACUUCUGGACCCUCCGCUGGCUCAGCAGUUGCUGGGUAAAAGUAACAAUGAACAAAGCACACAGACCUCACACUCACCUCACGCUCGUGUCACGACAACAGAAAAGGAAACAGACAUCAGUUACAUAUAUAAAAGAUAUUUGCUCCAAGAACUAGAAGUAAGGAAAGCAGAUCUCCAAUACACAAAGCUGAAAAUCAGAAAACUGGAGCUGGAAAUAAAGAAAAUGGAGAAAGAAGCUGCACAAGAUCACUAAAAACAAUAAACACGUAUUACAAAAUAAC